UAAUCGUUGUCGUCGUCGUCGUGGUCGUGGUGUCGUCCUCACACAUUUCGCUCCCAGCCGCCAACCGCCAGCCUUUAGCCUGGCCCAUGGCGGGCGAGGUUGUGCGGCAUUAGGCUGGGCCAAGCGGUCAUUAGUCGCAAAUUAUUAACGUUAUUAUGUAUUGCAUCUUCCAACGUAACGGCCGGAGGCGGUGUAUUUUCGGCGUUCAGGUGUAAGCGCGUUGGCGGCAGCAACAACUACUAACACCACCACUAACUGCUGUUCUAUAAAGCAGCUAUAUAUUAAUUUUGAAAAAAAAAAACAGCUACAACAACCACUUCACUCGGUCUGCUGCUGUUGCUGCUUGGUGUGCCUUCCACACCAACAACAUCAAUUUGCAUAGCAUUUAGCGAUUUAGCGUUUAGUUGGUUCCAAAGAAAGCGCCGCAAAUGACACCCAACCACAAACGCCCAACGAUCGGUGCGCCGCAUUGCUAAACGUACGCGCAUCCAACGCAAACACGCUCCGCGCCACAAUACUACAAGUUUGCAAUCACAAUUUAUUAUUGCAUUGUCCUUAGCGAGUUGUCAUUGUCGUAGUCGUUGUUGUGUGUCUUGUCGUGCCGUGUCGUGUUGCCACGUCUUGUGUCGUCUCUUGUUAUCCUUAUUUGUGAAUUUAUCUACGAUUUCACACGCUUGUGUUUUUAUUUAACUGAGCAGGCAGCAACACAAUGGAUGAACUCUCCAAAGACCAAAUCGAGCUCUUGCGUAAUGCUUUCAACGCAUUCGAUGCCGAAAAGAAUGGCUACAUCAACACCACCAUGGUGGGCACCAUUCUAAGCAUGUUGGGCCAUCAAUUGGACGAUGCUAUGUUGGCCGAAAUUAUCGCCGAAGUCGAUGAGGAUGGUUCGGGACAAAUUGAGUUCGAAGAAUUCACCACAUUGGCGGCGCGUUUCCUCGUUGAGGAGGACGCCGAAGCGAUGCAAGCCGAACUAAAAGAGGCAUUCCGUCUGUACGAUAAGGAGGGUAACGGUUACAUUACCACCGGUGUGCUGCGCGAGAUUCUGCGUGAAUUGGACGAUAAAUUGACCAAUGACGAUUUGGACAUGAUGAUUGAGGAAAUCGAUUCUGAUGGCUCAGGAACGGUUGAUUUCGAUGAAUUCAUGGAGGUCAUGACCGGCGAGUAAGCGGUAAAUACUACGCAGGCGCUGCACCAUUUAUAUGGCCGCAAAUCUUUACCUACGGAAUAUGUAGUAUUUUACAAAAACCAAAAAUGCCAACAACAAUGGAACAACACUCACACACACAAACACACGCUCGUCAAACAGAAUUAUUAUUAAACUUUGUUAUAAUUUUUGUUAAAAUAUUUAAAACACAUAUAUAUAUUUAAAUCAACAAAAGAAAAGCAACCAUUAAAAGUAAAGUCCAUUAAGUUAUUGUUUAAUAAAAAAGUACAUAUAUAUAUAAUACAACUUAACUGUUUUGUCCUUAUGUUAUAGUGAAAAUUGUUAAAUACAUUAAUGUUUUCGUCCCUUUUCGUGCAACUAUCAAACCACUUUUGUAUGUACACAUUGCAUACCAAGUCAAGGGCUUGUGACUCAACACCCAAUACUCACAUAAGUCAUGAACAUAAAUAAAAGUAACAUGCAUGCAUUAUAAAUACAAACAUUUUUAUUGUUUUUAUUUUACAAAAUUACCAAAAAUUAUUAAAAAUAUUUUAUCAACUGUGUCGGCACAUUGCGCGGCAACAAUUGCUUACUGGGUUGUGCGCCAUGCCAUGUGCAACUAUGACGCGGAGUAAAAAGUUUCUAAACAAUUAUUGUUAAAUACAUUUAUGUUAAAAAAUUAUAUAUACAAGUAUGUAUAUUACUCAAGUUAAAGUUAAAUUAAAUAUAAAUUAAUUAUUUGCAAUGCUCGUCGUAAUUGAACCAAACAAGAAAGAAAGUCUACUAAGUUUAAACUAAGUUUUACAACAACAACGCGUAUAUAUAUUUACGUAUAUGCAUUUUAAUACAUACUUAUAUAUUUACGUAGCCAAAAAAAUGUGUUUUUUUUCAAGAAAGUCUCUAAAUUAUUGUUAAAUUAUUUGUUUUUCUGUUCAAAUGUUAAUGUUGUUAUGUGAAAAAAAUUAUUAUCCAUUGUUCAAUUGUUCGUGAAAUUUUAUUAUUAUUAUUAUUAUUCAAAACACUAUCAUAUUAUGCAAUAUGUAUGUAUAUGCCAAUACACUUAGAGGAAAUAUAUACAUAUAAAUGAAGUAAAUACUCGUGUAAGUACACAUUUACUACAACACACACACUUAAAUCGCAAGGAUAUGCCGUUAUUGAUACAAAGGUUUCCUAUAAAACUCCUUUUUUUAGUAAUUUAAGCUAUAAACUACACGUUAUUUAAUGAAAACAUACUUGACUCCACCAACUACAAAUAAAAAUGUUCAAAUAAAACCACAAAAACAAAGCAAAUUUACAAAAAUAAAUUCGAAAAUCAAGUAAUUCAAUUUCAACCUCGAAUUACAACAACAAAAAACAAACAAAAACACAACAAUUGUUUUAUAAACAAAAAGCAACUAAACAAAAUAAGCAUAGCUUAUAAAUAAAACAACAAAACCAAUGAACCAUGAAUGUCAACAGCAACAACGAAUUUUAGAAUCACAAAACCAAAAUAAAAAAAUUUAAACAAACUAAAUUCAAAUUUACACAAUGAAAAAAAAACACAUUCAACCAACAACAAAAAGAAAUGAAUGAAAAUUGUAAAAUAUGUAUUCAAUGGAUGUUUUGGGAGUUCCGUAAAAAAAAAUAAAGUAAAUAAAAGCCAAAUAAAAUCUGGUAAAACUAAAA